CGCAACAGAAACACGACUUCGGCCUCAGAGGAACCAGAAACCAGGUGAAGCUCCUGAUGGAGCCAAACGAUGCUAAACUCAAACAGCUCAUUCUGGAUUAAACUUAAAGUUGUGACUUUUUGUUCUACUGAAGGCAGCAGCAGAAAAACCAGAAGCAGGUCUGAACAAUGUGGCUGAUUUUCACGGCUCUUCUGGCCGCCUCGUUAAACCCACACAGCCAGGCUUCGGUGACUUUUGCUUCCACCUGCUGGGUCAAAGGUCAACCAGCCGAAGAGCUGAUUUUACUCUGCGGUGAUGGAGAACAUGGAGGUGUGGUCCAGUUCUGGCACACGCCGUUCGGUGACCUUCAGAGCUCUGGUUCCCAGUCCAAACUGGACCCAGUGUUUAUGCACCACGAUGGGAGCCUCGUUAUCCCAAACUCCAGCAUCCACCAUGGUGGGCUGUACUACUGCAUCCUGCGGCACGCGGAGGGAUCCACGCUGUGGCCCUUCGAGCUUCAUGUGGACCAGAACAUGGCGGCUGAGGCUGAGGAUGGGCGUGGCGGUGGCGGUGGCGGUGGCGGCGGCGGCUGUGCUGCACGCCGGUUCAGGAGGAACGCAGCUUUUCUAGGCGAGAGGGAAGCUGUGAUUCCGGAUGAGAUUUUUGCAGGAGCUGUGGCUGCAUCGGUGCUCCUGACGUUUGUGGUGGGAUUCAGCGCUGGAGCUCUGUCACGGACUCCUGUCCUCAGGUGCUUAAAGUCACUCGCUCCAAAGCAGCGAAGACGUCAACCUGAGGAACCGGACGGCUCUCAGGUUACCAUGACAACCCUGCCACCCAUGUACGACAACCAGGCCUGCAGGACGGCAGCGACGCCCCGUGACUCCCGAUUCUGGCGAACCACGGAGACACAAACUCCGCUUUCAACCCCGUCUCCACCCGCCAAACCCAUGCGGAGCUUUCGGCUCAAAGCAGAAGAAAAAGAAGAAGAUGGUGAACCGGAAAUAACUGCUUAUUUGGAAGGAUGUGAUUCCAACCUGGCGGAGGAGGAAACCGGAAGCGGAGAGGAUGGUGAAGCAAAGGAGGAAGAUGAGAGCGCCAAGCCAGAUGAAAAGGAAGACGAUGAAGAGAGUGAAGCAGAAGACAGAGAGGAAGAUGAGGAUGGAGAAGCGAGCGCAGAGGAGGAGGUAAGAGAAGAAGAAGAACAAAAAACAGACGAGAGUGGAGAGUUGGAGCAGGAAUCCGCAGGAACAGACGACGAGAGGAGCGUCAAAGCGGAAGCUGAGCCGGAAGGAGAAGAGCCGCCGUCCGGUUCUCCUCGGCGCCGCAGCCGCGUUAUCCGCCUGUACCAAUACGAUGAGGACGGCCAGCGAUUCGGUCACCUCCCGGACACGGAGGCCCCCGAACCGGGCCCCAGGCCCAGGCAGCGCUCCCGGUCUCUGACCCGCCUGAACGCCAUCAUGGCGGCGGCCGCCACGGGGCCGAUGGAGGCGACGGAGCCAGAGGAGGAGAAGCAGCUCUUCCACAUGGACAUUUAAGACUCCGGUUAUUCUGUUUCAAUCAUUAUCACCUUAUUUACAACAAUGACGUACAUAAGAAAAAAGGAAUAAAAUGACCCUCCCUUUAUUAGCAUAUGCGCAAAUUAGCUGAUGGCUACUUCCGGAACAGGUCGUGCAAAAUGGAGGCGAUGUAAAGUUUGAGGCCUAGACCGCACAUAGCCAGAAAAACUAUAUAUAUAUAUAAUAAAUAUAAAAAAUCUUAAAAUUUCUAUAUUUGUAUGUUUUGGUGUUUCACUCACAAAGAAGCUGUUUAAUAUCACAAACAUUAUUUAUGACAAAAGAUCAGAAUAAAAUAGAUUGAGAAAAUG